AUGGGGAUUGUAAGAAGAGAGAGUGUAGAGAAUGGAAAGGUGAUGAUGCGAGAAGUCUGGGAGGUACAGAUUACCACGCGACUCCAGCCUGCGUGUGGGAUGCCUACGCUGUCCUCUAUUAUUUUGGUGAAUAUUUCGUGGCCACUUGCAAUUCCAUCCACAAAACGGGUUAGAUUAGAUGACUAA